GCCACAUAGACAGGUGAACGGGCUCCGCUGGACAGAAGACAGGUGCAGCUGACGACACGUGACGUGAGCGUGUUUCUGUGAGGGAACCUGCACAGCACGCUCUGCUGACUUGUGGCCGGAACCGGAAGCAGCAGGAGAACCAUGUCUUCUUCCUCUUCCUUCUCCUCCUGCUCGCUGCCCUACUUCUGUCCUGGUUGUGGCAAGGAUCAGCGAUUCUCCUCCAUACAGCAGCUCCGAACUCACCUGGUCAGCCAACACACCUACCAAACUCUGAUGCUACUAUCCCAGGCGAGGGUGAGACAAUCCGGACCUGGAUCUGUCCUCCCUCUACCGAGUCCAGCAGUCCCAAAGGAGCCAGUCUCUCUCCUGGGUUUGGACUGGCGACACCUCCCCCUGCCACUGGCCUGUUUGGAUCUGGCCUCCUCGUCUGCCUCCAUUCAAAUACUCCGGGACAUGUUUGGUCGAUCGACAUACCCGGUUGAGAUCACUGACAAAGAUCCAGAGCAGUUCUCCUCGGCCCUGGCCCUCCGUGGCUCCCUGGAGGAGAACCUGGGGGAUGAGGGGCUGGCGGUGGGAGUCGGCCUGGAGGAAAGACUGGGGCUGGACCUGGAUCUUAAAAUUGCAAGGACUUUUGCUGAGGUGGAGGAGAGGGUUACCCGCCGCAUGGCGCGCCUGAAAGUGGCGCUAGAGAGGAGGGAGGCAGAGCUAGAGCAGGAGAGGCAUGAAGGGGAGCGACUGGAGAGAGAGAGACAGGACGUGGAAGAGAGAGCGGCAUACCUAGCCCGACAGGUUUCUGUUGCCAUGGAGAUGAUGGAGCGAUUAAGAAGAGAUCUGGAUGAAAAAGAGAGAGAGCUCAGUGAACGACAACAAGAGAUGGUGGACAUCGAGUGUUUCCUAAGAGAGACGGCAGAGAAAGAGGCUGAAGCCAAAGCCAGACUACAAGUGUUUAUUGAGACUUUACUGGAGCGAGCAGACCGGGCAGAGAGACAGUUACUCCUACACACCUCAUACACACACCACGACAAAUACACACACACAGACAGACACACACCCUCACCAGGUCGGAGUGGGCGGAGUCUGGACGGCAGUACUGAUGACAUCAUCGGAACCCUCAGCAACAGGAGGAGCUACAGCAUGUCAGGAGACCAGUUCUACAGCGACGGAGUGCUGAGUGGUCGUAUGAGGACCCUGUCUCUCAAUGGGGACACCUUGGACCUCCCCCUGUCCUCCUGCCCCCCACAGCGGACGGAAAGACUCUGGAGGGGACAGGCAGGAUGGGGGAGGACAUGGAAUAAGACAAACCAUCAUCAACACAGCACUGAGGAAGAGGAGGAAGGGGAGGGGGAGGUGUCAUGGAGCACCCAGGUUAUGAGGAGGACAUACACACCUGGGACAGAUGUGACCUCAUCCCUCCAUUCCACGCCAUCCAGUUGUCAUGGUGACUGCAGGCUUCGGGCGGGCACUCUGAGGCUGAGGGCGGGGUUAUUCUGUGUGUUUCCUUAUUUGGACACACCUUCCUUGCUGCUGGCGGCAGAGGUGUGCUCUGAUUGGAGGUUUGUUGCUAGGCACCCGGCAGUUUGGACCCGCCUCCAUCUGGAGAACGCCAGAGUCUCUGCCAAGUUCCUGAUCACCCUGUCUCAGUGGUGUACUCAGGUUCAUUCAGUGAUUCUGACAAACCUGAAGUCCAGAGCCCGACGGCCCAGCGAGAGUAGAACCGACUACUACAAGAAUACACGCGGUGGUCUGGAGGUUGGUGUGGAGGCCUUGCUGCGGUCAGCAGGAGGCAGUCUGGGUUUUCUGUCUGUUUCUCAGUGUGACCACAUCCUGACUGACAGAGCUCUGUGGUUGACCAGCUGCUACUGCCGAAACCUCCACACACUCAUAUACAAGAGUUCUUCAGAUCCAUUAGGUCACGAGGUGGUGUGGGCUCUGGGUGCAGGCUGCAGGAACAUCACCAGUCUCCAGGUGGCACCAGCGCAUCCAUGCCAGCAACCAACUCGGUUCAAUAACCGCUGCCUGCAGACGAUUGGUCGAUGCUGGCCACACCUCCACUCACUCAGUGUGGGCGGGGCUGGCUGUGGAAGUCAAGGAUUGGCUGCUGUGGUGCGUAGCUGUGUUCAUCUUCAGAUUCUGGAGUUAGAGCGUGUUGCAGACCUCAGCCUGCAGGUGGCGACAGAGAUGUGUCGGGAGGGGCUGAGGAACCUGGAGGUGUUAAUCUUUCGACACACCCCCGUCAGCGGCCAGGCCGUCCUCCACUUCCACGAUGUGUGUGGUAAACUAAGGUCCAUCCUGGUGGAGGUUUCAGUCUCAGAUUAUUUUGAAGAUCCUGACACGGAGGAAGCACAAACUCUGUUUGGAGACAUCUUUGCUACGCUGCAGGUUCUCCAGCAGCAUCCUGGUUUGUGUGACAUCCUGCGAGUAAAAGCUGAAGGACACUGCUGAUCCCCAUACACCCACACACUGAUCCCCC